GAGAAAUGUGUAUUGUGCUAUUACUACUCCUGACCACAGAAGGACGUACAAAUGUAGGCAGAACUGAGUCUUCAAGGUGAUGACUUCACACGUCAGAUGUAUUAUAUGUACAGUACCUUUGAAGAUGUUGUAGCCACUCACUUAGAGCCAGAAAGUAGAACUGUUUAUUGCGAAAGUGAUCCCUCUACAUCAGAAGUGGAGGACCUCUCUGAAUCGUGCCAAGUGAAUUUCAUACCACACCCAAACAAUCUCUUGAGGUUCGCUCAGACAUUUUCAUUGGUUGAUUCACGCUCAGAUUUGAGGCGAGAUCAAUUACCUUCUGGAUCAUCUGUCUGUAAUUAUUCGCCUAAGUUAGCUAAAUUUAGAACAAUGAACGGAACGCGUCGUUUUCCUUAUGGUCAGCUUACUUGUCAUCAUCGGUCUUCAAGUCAAUCGGAAAUUUCUACUAAUCCACUGUUGGAAACAAUUAAUGCUUUGACCUACGACGUUUGUGACUCGGAUGAUUAUUACGAUCUUUCCAGCGUUUAUCAACAGCGUCGAUUAUUGGGAAGACACGCAGAGCCACCUUCAUCAAAACCACAAACGGAUCCUUCAGUGUGUGACGGAGACAAGGAUUCGAUAGUUGGAUACGCUGGUUCCAAUUCAAUUGAUAGUGGCUACAAGAGUCAUUGUCCGACACCAGAAGUACCAGAGAACUCUAUCUAUGGUAAUGAAACAGGGAAAUCAAGUCGUAAUUGUCACCUAGACGGCACCAAUAGGUCUUUACCUAACAAAGGUAAUGAAGGAACUAAACCAAAAAUAUUGAUGGGCACAAAGGUAAUGGGAAAGCAGUGUUCCCGAGCUAAGCAUUGUCAUCAGGUUAGUUCUCGAAGACAUGAUUCUGGGUUUUACGACGUGAACCUUGAUCAUUUAAUGUAUUUGAGGCAAUCCUUGUUGAGUGCUAUUAAAAACUGCGAAAUUUCCGCUUCACAUUCUUCCACUGUUGAAAGUUCUUCUGACAUCUCGAAUUCCACUCAGCAGACAUCAACUAACGACAUUCCUAUAUCUCGUGAAAGACCUGCCUUCAUCACAAAUUAUCCGGAGGGUUCCCGUAGCGCUUGUUGCUGCAAGAACAGUUCUCAAAAACCUUGUGCCAUUCCUCACUGUUCUUGUUUAUUUUCUGAGAAACGCUCUAAAGAUGAAUCUUUACAAAAUAUCAGAACUCGGCCUAUACGAGAAAGAGAUUCAAAAAAUAGUGUUCUAGAAUCAGCUCAUGACAGGUUUUGUUCUCAAGGCCAUACGUAUCCAUCUCACGAGGAUUUGAUGUCCAUCAAUGAACUUUCUUGUAGCAAAUACUAUUCGUGUACAGACACCUCUAAACCAUCAAGUUCUUCUUCAGUUUCAUCUUCAUCCAUGUCUUCAGGUUCAUCUGCCUACCAUAAAACUGUGAGAUUUAAUUCAGAUGUGCACGUUGUACCUCUUUCAGACAAAGUCUUAGAUAUUAAUAUUCCUCAGCGCAGGAAAAAGCAUUCUAGAUCUAUUCUAAAAGAUACGUUGUGUUCCAAUUUAAGAUCCAAAUUAAUUCAAAGUCAGGAUACACACGUGACGUCUCCGUAUACUCUAGAAGAAGAGAUAGACGCCCUACUCUAUGGGAAAGCCGAAUACUAUGAUUUGGAAAGCAUCGAUGACUUUCCAUGCAGUUACGUCGCCAUGAUUGAGGACAAGUACAAAUACGGAAACACGACAAACAAGACCCACAGCAAAAUGUCGAAAGACAACAAGUUUGAUACGUUGGGGAACAAAAGCUUGCGGUCGUCUUCUGAUUCCAAUACUGAAUCUCAUCGUGACGUCACAGUAGGCAGGUGCAAGGAGAAAGCGUGUGGUUCAUCACAGAAAUAUUUCUCUAAAGAAGAAAAGUCAACAGGAUCUUCUUCUGACGUCCGUUUCACAGAAGUUGCAAAAUGUAUGGUUGAAGUGAUUGAAGACUUGCAGAAGCAGUCAAUCGACGCACAGAGAAAUAUCGAUACAUCUAGUGGAUCAGUCGGAGCGCCUGUGACUACCUCGUUAACAGAAAAAGAUAGAGGAGUGAACAAGUCUAAGUUGCUUUCCUCCGCGUUGCUAAGUAGUUCGGGAGAAACUAAUAGUGAAAUGUACAGUACUGCGUCAGAUUAUCAUGUUUAUGAGGAGAUAAUGUACGAUUGCAUCACCGAAUCUCCAUCUAUUGAACACGAGGUGCCGCCACCGCUUCCAGCGCGCCCUAGUAGCUUGAAUGUGAAAGAGCCAAAUCUAGCGUUAGAGUUAAACAAUACGGCUUGUAAAGAUGAUCCUGAACUGCACGGUAUUCUGAAAAAUUCCGUUAACAAUUAUCCUAAACAACGUCAUAAUCUCUACUCCAUAUUUUCAGAUCGUACCGACCGCCGAACAAUCUCGCAUUCUCUAGAACAUGAAUGGAAAAGUUCACACGCAUGCCUCAAGAGGACAGAAAAAGAUGAAUAUGGUUUUGACUACUCUUCAGCAGUUUAACUACAAAUAACAACUUCUUACUACACCUGUUUAGAAAAAGUUUCUGUAUUAUUAAAAAAAACACUAGAAUUUACUAUCUGGGUAUUGGUUAUGUUGUAAAGAAGAAGUGAAGGUUCGUAUCAAUUUUCUAUUUUCUAAUACAAAUAGUUUUUUUUAAACGUAGAAAGAAGUUAUAUGUUCUCUUAAGAACCUCAGCAAAAAAUGUAGCUUCAACU